CCUCGUUUCAAGUUCUCAUGGAUAAAUAGCUGACCUUUCACCUUUCCAGCAGUAAUAUGUUGGUGACAUCGGCAAACGGGGACAAAGUCAAACAACGUGUAGUAGCUGGGAAUUUAAACGUGCAGUAUGCCUGGAUUACGGAUCUGAAACUGAAAUACGGGUGCUUAGAGGAAGAGCUCUCUGUCUAACACUGUCCAGGGCAAACAAUCAUUAACUGAAGCCACUCAGAGUCAAACUUUGACCUGUGUUUUCCCAUGAUUCCUGGUUUUGAGUUGUGGCUGGCUGUUGCUCUUUUUAAAGCAGAAGGCAUAUCUGUGGAGGGUGUACGACAAUCAGAUUAUGGACACUAAUUCUCCCACUCUGAGAGUUGGAGUUGUGGGAUAUGGACACCUAGGGCAGUUCCUGGUGGACAAACUCCUCAAAGCUGGACCUGGUCUUGGCUUGGUUCUGGGUUUUGUAUGGAACAGGAAUCCCGACAAGCUGAAGGGUUCAGUGCCCCCUGAACUAGUACUUGAUGACCUGUCGUUCUUUGCAAACAGGCGGUGUGAUGUGAUUAUAGAGGUGUGCCACCCACAGAUCGUGAGGGAUUUCGGACUCGAAUUUCUCUCAAAGUCCCACUUCAUGGUGGGCUCUCCAUCUGCCCUCUCUGAUCCUGAUCUGAACCAAAAGUUGAGGCAGGCAUCUCUACACCAUGGACGGACGCUUUAUAUCCCCAGUGGUGCAUUAUGGGGAGGCCAGGACAUCCAAAGAAUGAACGAUACUGGGACAUUAAAGGCUUUGUUCAUAAGAAUGUCCAAGCAUCCGUCGUGUUUUAGACUGACAGGAGACAUCCUUAAUGACUGGACAGAAGGAGAGGGUAGGCGGGUUUUGUUCAGAGGCUCAGUGGCAGACUUGUGUCCUCUAGCUCCCAACAAUGUAAACACCAUGGCAGCAGCAGCUGUGGCUGCAGAAACGCUCGGCUUUACAGGUGUUCAGGGAGAGAUUGUAUCAGACACGGCGCUAAAAGACGUCCAUGUGGUGGAGGUGGAGGUGACUGGGCCUGAUGGUUUCCUAGUGCACAUGGUGAGGAGGAAUCCAGCCAAACUCGGGGCUGUCACUGGCAGUGCAACAUACAACUCCUUCUGGAACAGCUUACUCAUUUGCAGAGGUCACGGCAGCAGAGUUUACUUGUGCUGAAAGUGGAUGAAAACCAUAGAGGACUACCUGCGAUGUAGGAUGAAGAUCCCCAACCAAAUCCCACAUACAUUAGAUACAGAUCCAAGAGCUCAGGGUGGAUACGCUGCAUGUAUGAUGGAUCUCUACAUUAGUGCGUUACUCAGCAUUGUAAGCUUGCCGACCCUUGGAUUCUUGGAAUAAAACAAGAGACCGAAAUCAUUUGUAAAAUACUAACAGAUAUAGAUCUUUUAAUUUUAUUAAGUUCAUCUGGUGCAACACUGGAGCAAAUGAUGCAACUCACACAGAGGAGUGACAGUGACAGGACACCCCUGGUAAAACCAUCAUCAAACCUUCAUUUUGUAUCCCCCAUAAAGCACAAUUCUUCUUCCCUUCUUUUCUCUUUCACAAAUAAGUACCUCCGUGAACAAGAUAAACUAUCUCCACAUAAGUGCAUAUGUCAACAGUAAAAUGGAUAUGAAAUGUUGCUCAUCAGUAAUCAUCAGAAAGCUGAUGCAAUAGGGCAACAAAAAACCGAAAACAAGAUGAAAAACACACGUGACGCCGAGUUCGAGGAGAGGUUUUGUCAGUGAGCUCUCUAAAGAAAGCUACAACAAAGGAGAGUCGGUUUGCUUUGAACGUAUAAAUACAAGUUUGUGAAAUAAAAGGGUAGUUUAUGCUG